AUGGCAUCCUUUAUCAAGGACCCCCACUUCUUUACAAAGACUCUGUUGGGAGGGGUAAGAUCUGGCCGUUUGGAAAGUUCAACAGCAGAUAUUGAGCAGCACCUGAAAGAAACGCAUGGUGAUGAAGAGAGGGAGAUUCCUUUGGGGGAAUGUCCACGGAUAGAAGUAGAAGAGCCUACUGAGUUUCCUCUGGACAUCAAGGAACCAACCUGGAAAGAGAUUCAAGAUGUCGUGAAGAAGGCCAGAACAGGAUCACCGCCAGGCCCAAGUGGAAUUCCUUAUAUGGGAAUGAACCUAAUAAUCAAGGCGGCAGGACGGGAAACCAGGGGGCCCAGGACGGAAUCAGGGAUCUACCAACCAUCAAACCGAGGAUGUAUGGAUGACUUGACCGUGACUACCACCACGCAUGUCCAAGCAAGAUGGGUUCUCUCUGUAUUGGAGGAGGUAGUCUCAUGGGCCAGGAUGACAUUCAAGGCAAGGAAAUCUAGAUGCAUGAUACUGAAGAAAGGACAUCUGACCCGGCAGUUCAAGCUGAAGGUACAAAGACAAGAGAUCCCAUCAAUCGUGGACAACCCCAUCAAGUGCCUAGGAAAGUGGUUCGAUGCAUCACAGAAAGAUACAAAUAGCAGCAACAACAUGCAGAAGCAGGCAACUGAGUGGAUGAGGAAGAUAGACAAGUCAGUGGAAGGAAUAGAGAGAUCCAUCAGCAGCUACCUGCGAAGGUGGUUUGGAGUCCCGUCGAGUUUUUCCAACAUCGGGCUCUACAGCCGGACAUCAGCACUACAGCUCCCACUGUCAUCAGUGGUGGAGGAAUUUAAGGUCACAAAGGCCAGACUGGUGAAGACGCUGAGGGAUUCGAAGGACGCGAAGAUAAGGCAAGCAGGGACCCAGACUAGGACAGGAAGGAAAUGGUCCGCAAGCCAGUCAGUGGAGCAGGCCGAGGGAGCUCUCAAGCACCGGGACAUGAUCGGAGCAACCUGCUCAGGGCGGCAAGGAUUGGGGGCAACACAUUUCCAGGGGUGGGAAGGAACAGAUGACAAGGAGAAAAGAUCAACGAUACAGGGAGAGAUUCGUAGAGAGGAAGAAAGAGCUAGGAAAGCAAGAGCAGUAGAAAUGGGGUCACAAGGGGCAUGGACAAGAUGGAAGCUGCCGGAGCGGAAACUGACAUGGACAGACCUGUGGCGCUAUGAACCAUUGAGGAUCCAGUUCCUGCUGCGGUCGGUAUAUGACACCCUACCAUCGCCAGCGAACCUCCAUCAGUGGGGACUAGUUGAAGAGCCAAAAUGUCAGCUUUGCCAAGAACGUGGGACCAUGAGUCGUAUCCUUUCAGCGUGCAAGACAGCACUGACUCAGGGACGAUACCAAUGGAGGCAUGACCAGGUGCUUAGGGAAAUGGCAGAAGUUCUCGAGGUGGAGAGGAAACGGAAGAGUCCGCCACGAAAGCACAAACCAUCCUUCAUCCGGUUUGUGAAAGCAGGAGACUAG